CAUAGAUGUGACGCUGCUGGUGUUGUGGUAGCGGUUCGUCACAUACCUGGCUGUCCUUCUCUGGACCAUCUCCAGAACGUGAAUCUGGUCCUUCUGGUAGGGGUUCCAGACCGUGCUACAGUAUUCCAGGUGUGGACGAACGAGGGAAAAAUGUCUUUUAUCAGAGUAGGUUGUAGAAGUCAAGCCCAAAAGAAGAGAAAGUCAAGGAAGAAAGAUUGGGAUUAUUCAGUCAAUGACUUGGAUGCUUAUAAAGCCACUCCUGAAGAAAUUGCAUAUAGGAAGGCUGCCCAUAGAUCCAAGCAUGCAGUCACUACACACCUUGUGCGACCCGGAUCAGCAAAGAAAGGGAAGAAGUCUAGUCCAUUCCGCCACAACUCACAUGCUAGGAAGAUUGCUCUUAUGAAGGAGGUUCUUUAUGAUCAAAGACAAUUGCAAGAAGUGUUGGAGAAGUCGGAUACAAUGAUGGCAGUUGUGAAAGACUUGUUCGGAGAUGAUCCAAGGAGAUUUGAGGGAUUUCCAUCGGUCACUACUGCGCCAAACUCCAAGAAAGCUGAUGUUGCUUCAUCACUUGUUAACCUGCCUCCAGAAAUAAGAACCAAAUCAGAGGAACUCAGUGAUACCCUAAUGUCUUCCUCUGCCUUGAAUGACUUCCAUGAUUCAGACUCAGACCUGGAGGAGUCUCGUGAUGCCCCUCUGAGCUACCAGCCCAAGAUGAACAUGCAGAGGUUCCAGCAGUUCCUGGAGUCAGAGGAGCGCAACAACACCCUGAGCACCAUCAGCGGCCAGGCAGGCAUGAGUCACCUGGGAUACCUCAACCCAGGGGCGGCAGUAGUGCACAGCUCGCACCUGCCUGAUCAGACAAACAACACCAACAAAGAUGGCACACUGCGCACGCCCCCCAAGGCGGCUAGGAGGGACCCUAACGAGUCCCUGGAGAUGCUGCGGCCCCCCAAGUCAGCCAUGAAUGACACAGGCAAGAUACAGAAGACUCGACAGAGGGUACCCAGACCCGAGCCUGCACUCAAUACCUCCAACCUCAGUCUUGGUGAACUCAGAAAAGUACUGGAGUCUCUGGAAGACGAGAUAGCAGACUAUGAGCAAGCGACGGGUCGCAGGCCCCCAGCAGAGCGCCACCGCCAGGAGUCGUUCUCCGGCUACACCCUAGCUCUGGUGGACUCAGUGACCAAGCUGACACGCUACCUGCGGGAAUGUGAGCUACAUCUGAAGGCUGAGGUGAUGGUUCGAGAGCAGCUUACACAGGACGUUGUGGAGUUCAGGGCCCUCGUGGACGCUCUUACCUCGGACAUUAUUCUUACUCAAGAGGAGUUUCAGAAGAUGUUAUUAGAGUUUCAGAAGUUCAGGAUUCAAACUCAGGAAGAAAUCAGGCUGCUUAAGGCUGGCCAGCCCUUGCGUGUAGAGAAUGGUGACGAUCACUCCCUGCCUGGCGACAAUGUUCAGUCCCUGCAUGGUGACCAUGUUCAGUCCCUGCAUGGUGACCAUGUUCAGUCCCUGCAUGGUGACCAUGUUCAGACGCAAACUCCUCCCAAGAACACAAGUAUCCUGCCACACAGGCUAGCCAUGCAGUCCACAGACUCGCUGCCAGUCCACAUGUACCCGCGGGCAUCCAACCCGUUUGGUGAUCACCUGCAGCCAGUGUCAGCCGCCGUGAUGUUGUCUCCCCCUGUCAGGAGGUCCAGAGUUAUGGAACCAGACAGAGACUUGGGCCCUAAGCAACAGCAAGAAAACUUGCUCGAGAUAGAGGACCUGGCUACAGAGGAAACUUUUGCCUCUCUGCCUGCCUCCGGCCCAUCAAGCCUUGGCCAGGUAUUCUCACAAUACGUGGCUGCACCCACUCAGUCAGCUGGUGCUAGGCAACCAAUGAACAAUCAUCAGGCACCUGCAGUUACUAGGAAACCAGCAGGAAGUCAGCCUAGAGCACCUGCUGUAGCAGCAGUGAAUUCUGUGAGCGUUCCAAGACCCACACCGCUUGUCCAAAGCAACGUUGGCAUACCACUGCCAUCCAAUGAAGCCAGGAGCCUUAGUCAACAGAAUGCCAUGUCUGUGCAUCAACAGAGUCUCCAGCAUUGUUCUUUAAAUGGCCACCCUAUCUCUGUAGUGCCUCUGGAUAAACCUCAGACAUUGUACAGAGAUUUACAAGACCCAUUAUCCUCAUCUGAUCGUUCUCAGCAGUCUGUGAGGUCACAUGAUUCUCAAGGCUCGGAUAGAGAACUUCUUGCCUCACAGAUAGCGGCCCUCAACAAGCAACAUGAGGAGGCCCAGAGACGACUUAAGACCCUGAUGCAUCAACAGCAGGCUGCCCAGGGGCCUAGCGUCACCCAGCAGCAAGAGGAACAACAGCGGGUCCAGCAGCAACAGCAGCAGCAGCGACAGCAGGUGGUAGACAACCAACAGAGAAUUCAGCAACAGCAGCUGCAGUUUCAGCAACAACAGAAGCUGAUUGAGAUGGUGAUUCAGCAGCAGCAGAAAAUCCAGCAGCAGCAACUUGAGAAACAGCAGCAGCAGCAAGAGCUGAUGAUGAGACAGCAGCAGCAGUAUGCUCAGGUGCAAACUGGGCUGACCAGACCAGAUGUUCCUAGAGAUGCUUCUGUGAGGCAGUCUGCUGAUUUGCCUGGGUAUAGACCACAGAAGCAGACUGGUUUACCCUCCUACCCUAUUUCACCAAACAUUUCGCCCAUUUCCCAGCGAUCAGAGAGUGUCAGACCUAUGUAUCAGGGCAGCCAGAACGGCAUGGCUGCCUCAGGUCGAGGCAUUACAGUUUCCAUUCCAUCUGUAGAUAUGGACCAAUCCCACGGCAGUCCCUCACCAAACCCACCAAUCACUGCUCGAUGAGAUUGAAGCAUUUGAGAACAUGAUGACAGUGUAUUGGAGAUAAAUAAUGCUGAUUUUUGGGUUAAUGAAGAAAUCAGUUAACAAGAUUUUGAUUACCGGUAUGACCUAUGUUUCAUGUGGUCAUUAGAUCUGAUAAUCAGAAAAUGUCAUGAACUGAUUUGGUAAUUAUUAAAGGAAAGCUUUUAUGCAUUUUGAGUAAGUUAUCAUGUAGUAUUUUUUUUAUAGAUUUUGUUAGUCACUUUUCAUUGGAUUUUCAUCUGUAUUCCACAUUAAUAUCACAGUUGUUAUCACAAUACAAAUUGUAUCAGGAUUGUGCACAUGCCCUGUGAAUCACCCAUUUCCCUUGCCAUAGCUGACAAAGCAGCGCAUGGGUUUUAGACACAUAUAUCUGACAACGCUCUAGUUAAUCUUGCUAAUAUUUUGACAAUUAUUUGCCUACAUUUAUAAAGUCCGAUAAUUUUUUUUGUGAUUUAAAAACUGAAUCAGCUCUAGUCUUAGCAUAUAUAUAGAUUUAUGAUGAUUAUUUGAAUUUCAUUUAGGUUAAUAGAGUUAGUAAAACAUUUAUAUAAAUUUAUACAGGUGUGAUUCUGCUGUGAAUGUGGACAUUACUGGUAACACUAUUUAUUAAUUCAUAUGUAGUAUAUUUGGUUGUUUAUUUAAAUAUCAUGAGAUACGUGAAAUAAAGACAUUUUAUAUGCUUUAUUAAUAACAAAUUACUGAACCAU